UCAUUUAAGAUGCGUUUCCAAUUUAUAAGGAACUUUUUUUUUUUCCAGUUUAAAAAUAAUAUUACAGUAAAACCUCGUAUUUACGUUCUCGUUAUUUACGUUUUCCCGCAAAUAACGUCAUUUUAUGUAGGUCCGUUUUAUUGUACAUUAACUUUCGUGUUGCAUUUUCCCUGAAAUUACACCACUACGUAACCAAAAAAAACCCGGAAUGUACGUUUCAAAACACGGUAAAAAUGUAAAUACUCGUCACGUUAGUCAUAGAUGUGAAAAGUUUGAAGUAGUUCGCCUAUUGUCUGUAACCUUUCGUUUUGAUGUAUCGACAAGUUCUAUGGUGCCUCUCCUCUACUAACGUUUUAAUCUUUGCUGCCAUAGAGAACUUUCGUAGCAGAACCACAAACGGUUUUAUUUAUGGUGUCAUAGAGCACUCUCGUAGCAGAGCAUAGUCCGAAGCGCUGAGCUAUCGAUACUACCGGAAAGCGCUCAUACACAGUACGUAUAUUUAGUAGUGCUGCAUUAUGUACAGUACAUAUCUAUGAUGGCUUUCAUUGUUUACAUUAGUCAACGUCCGUUUUGGUUAGCACGUGUUUUUUUAUCGUUCACAAUAUUAUUUAUGGCAAGAUUUUGAUUGAAGAUGGAUAGGUAUAAAGUUCCACGAAAUACUUUAUCUAUUGAAGAUAAAAUUAAAAUUAUUGAGAAGUUUGACAAGCAUGUGGGUACCCGAGUGGUUUUGGCCAAGGAACUGAAUAUUCCUGUUAGUACUUUAAACACAAUAAUUAAAAAUAGGUGUUCUAUUGAAGCAAAUGCUGCCCAAUGCGGGCCUAGUGCGAAGAAGCGCAAGUAUGUGAAAGACUCUACAUUUAAAGAACUUGAAAGUUUGUUGUAUGAGUGGUUCAUUUGUGCUCGUUCUUCAAAUCUUCCAAUCAAUGGCAACGUACUACGCGAGAAAGCAAAAGUCAUUGCUUUGAGGCUUGGAAUUGAUGAUUUUUCAGCUUCUAAUGGAUGGAUAGACAGAUUUCGCCAGCGCCAUAAUGUUGUUUAUAAGGUUGUGUGUGGUGAAAGCAAGAGUGUGGACGAGGAAACUGCUGAUGUUUGGAAAAACACGUCGCUCAAGGAACAGUUGGAGGGGUACUCAGCUAAAGAUGUUUUCAAUGCUGAUGAGACAGGUUUGUUUUACUGUGUAUUGCCUAAUAAAACAUUAUGCUUUAAAGGGGAAAAAUGCCAUGGUGGCAAGCUGAGCAAAAAUCGCAUUACCAUUCUCUUACUUACAAAUGCUGAUGGUUCUGAAAAAUUUCCGUUGUUUGUAAUCGGCAAAUCAAAAAAACCACGUUGUUUUAAAAACAUUAAAACUUUGCCAACUUUGUAUGAAGCAAACAAUAAAUCCUGGAUGACAGGGUCUCUUUUUCAGCAACAGAUCCAAGCUUUUGACAGAAAAAUGGCGCUGCGUAACCGAAAUGUCUUGCUAUUCAUUGAUCAGUGCCCUGCCCACAAAAUAAACAUAGAGCUGAGGAAUGUGAAGAUUGUGUAUUUCCCUGCGAAUUGCACAAGCACACUCCAGCCCCUAGAUCUGGGCAUCAUCAACUCUUUCAAGUGCUAUUACCGCAAAUGCAUUGUAUCCAGAGCAGUUGCCAUGCUGGAUGUUAUGUAUAUUGUAUAGUUUCCGUGUAAAUAGACCUUGGACAUUAUAAACAUUGUUGGCAUUGGUCAACACACUUGAGUUUUGAAUCUCGCGCGCCACGCUGCUGGCGAUAGUGGCGCUGCUACUUGGCUGCUGUGAGUUGGCUGCCCUGCUUCCUCUGGAAGUCAGUUGUUCUACAAAGGCAUGGUGGUAAGUGGUGCUAUCGGGUACUCUUGCUAUCUGGCGACAUCGGUCGCCAAAUUAAAUAGUUUUUGUGCAAUUCGCUGUUUUAUAGUCCGUUAAUGAACACUGGACAAUGGCAAGGACCCAACACAAAUGAAAAUAAAUCUACUAACUGCACUACAUUUCGCAGCAAGAGCAUGGAAGGAAGUUACACCAGAAACUAUAACCAACUGUUUCCAGAAAGCUGGUUUCUUUGUUGACAGUGGACAGAGUGCUGGAUCCAGUGAAAACUUGCCUGGAGCAGAUAAAGUGAAAGAAGAAUAUCUGCAACUUUCACAAAAUGGAGACUUCACUGACUAUGUACAACUGGAUGAUAAUGUUGUAACUUGUGAAGUCCAGACUGUGGAGGACAUUGUUGAUAGUCAUCUGGCAGAAAAACAAGAAAGUAGUGAAGAUGAUGAUUCGGAAGUGGAAACUCCCAUACCGACGACGAUCGAUGCACUUCAAGCCCUACAGACUCUAAGGAAUUAUAUUCUCAGUGCACCAAACAGUGAAAAUGCAGUUGAUGCACUUCAUUCCUUGGAAAAAGAAAUUCAGACCAUACAAACUGAACAAAAGAAAAGUCAAACAAAAAUUUCAGAUUUCUUUAAAAAGUGUUGAAUUUAUACUAAUAUGUACCUAUAAAACUGUACUAGAGAAAAUUUAAUGUAGGCUUUAUGUUGCAUUGUUUUUUAUAUUUAAGAAAAUUAUAUUUUUUCAGUGCCCUAAAUGUGUUGUAAACAACUAUUGUUUGUCUUGUAGCACCAGUAAAUGCUGAUACAUUUUUUUAAGCUAAAAUUUAGCAUUAACUGCCAAUAAAAGUGCUUUCCCACAAUUUACACUUUCCCGCAAUUUACACUUUUUCCUGGGGUUCCUUGAAAAGUGCAAAUAAGGGGUUUUACUGUAGAUAUAUAACUACAGUAUAUACUCAACACAGGGUUUCUCCCCUGUGUAUGGGUGAAACAUGUAACGCGGGGAAUAAAUUUCCAACACACCUUUUUUUACCCUUAUGUAGCUCGCACAUUUUAUGUACAUUUUUUUGUUCAGUAAAAUGUACUGCUACCUAUAUGCAAAUUUCCCAUUUUGGGUUAAAAAAAAUAAAUAAAUAACACUGCACUGUGUGUUUGAAUAUGUGCGGUAAAUAACUAGCCUGUGUUGGGUUUUAAUAAAUAUGUUACGAGUAUGCUGUUUAAUUUAAAUAUCUCAGCACUGCGUGUAAAGCAACGUGAACUGUGCUGUUGGGCUGCUACCCAGCCGGCUCUGGUAAGUGACACGUGGCUGUCUGCCGCCAGAAUGGUGCUCGGCAAGAGGAGAAAUCUAGAAUCAAACCAGCGAGCCAGAGACUGUGAAAGAGGAGGAGGGGGUGUGCAUACCUGUGUGAGGUAGUGGGUGCGAGUGGCCAAGCAGCAGUGUUUAUGGUUCUCUCUUCCUUUCUCAGUGUUUUAAAAUGUCCACCGUACAUAUCACGUUUAUCUCGACAGCUUUUUGUGAUGCAACUGGCGUGAUAUUUCCCAUGCUUCUACUGCAACAUUCCAUGACAAAACUACCUAAAAGGACGUUCUUUUAUUUAUAGGAGGAAUUGACAAAAAAAAUAGAGCAGCGUGGUAUUUUUCUCCCUUGGGGAAGGAGAUGGGUUGUAAAAUACUGUAGAAUGUAAGGGGAGAAAAAGUACAAAAAAUAGUAUUCUUGGGCCAUAAGCCCAUAAAGGAUGAAAAAGGGAGAGACGAAUAACAAGGUGCUAGGUUUUGUACCUGGCAAUAAGCUGAGAUACAGACAAUAAAGACUUAUCUUGUAUACUGCUGGACACAGAUUUAUGAUGCGAACCAGAUUAGAGGGUGAACCUUAUGGUUAAAAUGUAAGAUAUACGCAGGGGCAACCCUUCUAAGGGUAAAUACCGUAUUCCCCAUAAGGGUUGCGCUAGAAUAUGGGUCACUCUAUAUAUGUGUACUCAGUAGAAUUUCAUAGGUGUAAGUGAAGUCUUUGUUCCUUUUCGCAGCUUAAACGGUGCUGGUUGUGUUUGUUAAAAAAUGGGGCUUAAACACUGAGUGUUACGUUAUUAUUGUGUUUUCUGCACAUUUUAAUACCCAGAGAGUAUGUACAUAUUAUGUAGAUGAGUCUAGGACAAGGACUCUUUAUUUACACAUACAUGUACGCACUCUCACAUAAGGAUUAUGUACACAUGGUGUUAACUCUCAGUCUCCAGUUUUUGUUUGAUUUCUGUGCUACUUUAUUACUGAGUGUGCCCAAUUCUCUCCCACCUCCUUGCUCUUUUUUAUGGCCUCUCCUAACAAAAAGACAAUGAAAUGGCUACUAUUUUUUUUAUGUAAUUAUGUAUGCCCUCUCGUCUAUUGAUUUUUUUUCCACCAACCCCAUUUCUGAAUAGAAAAAAAAGUAGUAUAUUUUUAGAUCUUUCCCCUCCAGGAGAAUAAUGCCAGCGCAGCAACCAGUCAUGUCACUUACCAGUGCCAGGCUGAAGAUGUAGCACAAGGGUGCCCUUCAUUCAUGGUGCUUUUUAAUGCACUGCUGAGAUAUUUUAAGUAAACAAUUUGGAUUUACUCUCGCGCAUGUUCGUGCGCUCGUACUCACAAAACAGGAGAGUUAUUUUUUACACACAUACUCAACUACACACCGCAAUAUUAAGUUUUUUUUUUUACCCAAAGUGAAAAGCUCACUAAGGUUGCACUAUAUUUUU